AAAGCUGAAAACAGCGGCUGUUUUUGUAAAAUUUUUCAAGAGGGAUGAUAUUAACUAAAUGAAUAAAAGUAAAGUGCAUUAAAAUAAUUUAAUCUGCUUUUAUAAUUAGCGAUUCAUUUUGAAAGAUUUUGCAUUUCCAUUGUCAAUCUCCAGGGGGACCGCUAAAAAAAGAUGUCUGGCCAGAUUUUCGCGCUUAAAAAUAUCUCAAAUACAAAAACCAAACAAAUUUACUAUAUAAAUGUAGUAAUACAGGUGGCGAUCGAACGACUUAAUUUUCUUAAAACUCGAAAUUAUUAUUAAAAAUAUUUUUACUUCUAUCAUUACCUAGUAGAUAUAGUCCAAAAGGUCGUUUCACGUAGAUCGGUGCAGUCUUUUUGAAGAAAACUUUCUCGUCGAUUCUGAAAACAGCGUUUCCAGAAAAUCUCGGUUAAAGGUUUGGGGUCGCCUCCCACUUAUUAUUAUUUACUUGAUUCGCAUAUAAUAUUCUCAACUAUUCGAUAUAUGAUACAUGCAAAAACAAAAAUCGAUCUCUUCAAUUCAGAUGGGGACCCUUUGAGAGCAAGGAUAAUGCAGAGUAAUAUUCAUAGUUACAUCCUCUUCGCUUCACUUAGACUUCUUAACUUAAGCCUUAGUGAAUCAAUUAAUGAAAUUUAUAUGACCUAACUGCAUUAUUUUUAAUUAAUUAAGUAAAUACUAUAUCUUUAACAUGUUCGGACCUAUAAUUGGUCAUUGAUGAAGAUCUUAGUCCCUCCCAGCAAAUUUUUUUCCAAAACCACAAAACAUUUGUCCCAUACCCCAUUCUAAUUAAUUUUCCAGGCAAUUUAACAAUUUCGUAUACAAAUACACACACACGCACACUCAGCACCUGCGCGCAAUUAAUUGAGAACAGAAGCCUUUUCAAAGCUCAAAGCGUGACACCUCUGGUGGGGGACUUAUCGAAAUUAAUUUGUUCGAUUUUCAGUUUCGGAACACAAACAGAAAUAAAUGAAUAAUCAAUAAAACUUUAUAAAAAAUUAAAAUACUAUUAAAUAAAAAGCACUUAAACCUAUGGAAAAUACAAAAAUGUUUAUAAAAAUAAAAAAGUAGCACUAAACAACUUGGAAUACAAAUAAAUUGCAAUUUUUUCAUUUGUCCACUGUAAUGAAAAGCCACAAAUUUUCGAUGCAAGCUAAUGGAAAAGUAUUUGUGUUGCAUGUUGCAUGUGGCAAUGUAAUAAAUGCCAAAUAAACGAAAUUAUAGAAAAUUGUGCAAUAAUUCGCCUAAACCUAAACACCACACAUAAAUAUACAACGUGCAAGAGUGUCAAGCACAUACAUAUGUAUAACACAUAUACCAUAUAAGUUUAUAAAUACAUAAAUGCCGUUGCAGGUAAUCGAAAGCGUCAGUGUGUGAAAACAAAUAGUGACCAGCAGCACCUGGUUGCAAACAAUUUGCAUUAGCAUACACCGAAUAGUGUUAAAACAACAAUAGCAAUAAAAUAAAAUAACAGCAACAGCAACAGCAACAACACGUGAAUUGUGAAAAACCAACAACGGUCAACAAUUUAGAGUUGUGCAACUGAUAUCACAGUGAUGCCAAUUAGUCAGAUUGCCAGCUACUAAACUGCAACGACUGACUUACUGCCUCUGUGCAAUCACUUAAUACCGACGAUAUUCGCAUUGCAGAGCUUAACUACAUAAAAUAGCGGCGUAAGACACAACAAGACUGGCUGAGUUGCAGAAAAAACUCUAAAUUGAAUAUGGCCAGCGCAGCAAAGCGCCCCAACAUGCAACAAAACAACAACAAUAAGCUCGGUGUGCACCAAGGACAAGCGCACGACAGUAUUGGUGUCAAAAUGUUGGCCCUGCUAGUGAUAUUUCUUUGUUGUGGACCAUUGCUGGCCGCUUCGAGUCUCGACGGUCUUCAAGGGCAGUCUAUUAAAGAUGCCUUCGGCGAAUAUUCACUAACGGACAUGAUCAACGCACAGUCGCAGGGCAUCGAGUACGAGGAGGCCGACGACGGUUUCCCCUCAUACAAAUUCUUACCCACAUCCGAUGUUAAGACAUCAUAUCGCGUCCUGCUACCCGAAAGACUUUACGAAUUCGCCAUACUAGUCAAAUUUCUGCCGAACAGCCCGAAGGGUGGUUAUCUCUUUAGCGUGGUAAACUCCUUCGAGUCUGUGGUGCAGUUGGGUCUGCACUUGUCGACGGUCAGCAAGAAUUUCUGGAAUGUUUCAUUGCUCUACACGCAGUCUGAUCAGAUUUCGGUUAGCCGUAAAUUGGUCAGCUACCAAUUGCCAUACAGGGGCAAGGAGUGGACAACACUUUCAUUUCAGGUACUCAGGGACAAGGUGCUCUUCUACUACGAUUGCGAACUAAAUACGACGACAACGGUCGUGCGGGAACCACAGGACUUGGUCUUCGAUUCAGCCUCAACUUUGUACUUAGCGCAAGCAGGCCCCAGAUUAACUGGGCAUUUUGAGGGAAAUUUACAACAAUUGUAUGUUUAUACAAAUCCAGAUGCUGUGGCAACUGUGUGUAAACCGCCAUCAAAGAAGCUGGAUGACAGCUAUAAUGAAAUUUUAGAUGACGAAAGCGGCUCGGGCUUUAUGGAAGGUGCGAGCGAAGACUAUGACAUUUUAGAUGAUUCCUUCUGGAAUGCGACGGACGAUGCCAGUGGAUUUCCAUCACAGACGCCACCUCCUUAUCCGCACGAAAGACCCUAUCGCACACCUAAAGGUGAAAAAGGUGAACGUGGCCCUAAAGGACCACCCGGUGAUAGCAUACGUGGUCCACCGGGACCACCGGGGCCGCCGGGCCCUAAAGGUGAAUCGGCAACUUUUCCGCCCUUCGUUGAUUUUCCCACCGGUGCCGAUGCGAAAUACACUGGCAAAUGCACGUGCAACGCGUCUGAUAUCCUAGAAGCAAUCAAAGAUAAUGAAAUAUUACGUGAAACAAUACGCGGCCCACCCGGACUGCCGGGCAAGGAGGGAAAGACUGGUGCGCCUGGACUCACGGGUGCUACAGGGAAGCCAGGUGAACGCGGUGCCCCCGGUCCGAAAGGAGACCGCGGCGAUAGGGGCGAUCCUGGCUCCCGUGGACCCGAGGGUCUGCAAGGCCAUAAAGGUGAGCCUGGCGUCGACGGCAUGCCCGGCAUGCAAGGGCCACCCGGCCCGCCCGGACCGCCUGGCUUGCCUGAAAACUACGAUAUUAAUUGGAACCCCACGAGGACUUUCAAGGAAUCCUUAAUGGGCAAUUCAAUGCGUCCGAUGCGCAGCUCUUCGCCGGGACCCAAGGGCCCGCCAGGUGAUAAAGGUGAUGCCGGUGCGGCGGGCGAACGGGGUCAGCAGGGUCAGAAAGGUGAACGUGGCGAUCCGGGAAUGACUGGCGAGAAAGGUGAUAGGGGUCAUCCGGGCGUACAUGGCGGUAAUGGCCAAAAAGGCGAACCAGGCCAACCCGGUGUGCCGGGCAUGGCUGGAGCGCCCGGUGCGCCUGGUCUCAAAGGUGAUCGUGGUCUGCCCGGUGAAUUGGGUCCCAUCGGACCACCCGGUCCACCUGGUGAAGUUAUUUAUGCAGACAAUUCGUUGAAUGGUACAUCGAGCAGCGCGGCGGGCGGACAAUGUCAGUGUCCAGCGGGUCCACCUGGACCGCCGGGUGCACGCGGUCCGCAGGGCUAUGAGGGGCCACCCGGUUUGAACGGCGAGCCUGGUCCAGCUGGGUCGAACGGUUUGACCGGCCUGCCUGGCUCCAAAGGUGAGAAGGGCGAAAAAGGUGUGCGGGGCCUGAGCGGCCCGAAAGGCGAUCGCGGACCCGAAGGACCGCCAGGGCAGGCCUUUUUCGCUGGCGGUUACGAAGGCAUGGCUAUGAACGGCACCAAGGGGGAGAAGGGAGAGAAGGGUAUGCGCGGACGACGCGGCAAACCGGGCCAAGCUGGACCGAUCGGACCGCCGGGCAAACCUGGUCCAAUGGGCGAUAUUGGACAUUCGGGUCGACCUGGACUACCCGGCCCCAAAGGUGAUUCAGGUACCAAAGGACAGAAGGGUGAAACUGGCGGACGAGAAGGACCCAAAGGCGACAAAGGCGAUCGCGGUCAGGAUGGACGAGACGGCCUGCCUGGACCACCUGGCCUGCCAGCAGCGGCCGGCGAGGGUGUGCAAUACAUACCGAUGCCUGGCCCACCAGGACCGCCAGGCGCGCCCGGUCAACCCGGCAUGCCCGGUUUAUCAAUAACCGGUGCGAAAGGUGAGCCCGGCAUGGAUUCGCGCAGUUUCUACGGUGAUGCGUCUUACUAUGGACGACCGGCCAGUGGACGCUCCUCUCUCGAUGAAAUCAAAGCUAUGCGUGAACUACAAGACUUGAGAGAUCGUCCAGACAGCACAUCUGGCCCGCCCGGUCCUCCCGGCCCACCAGGUCCACCCAGCCAUUCGCGUCAUGACGAUGAAGAAACACCAUACUUCUCAGCAUCUUCCUGGAAUAUGCGCAUCGUACCCGGUGCGGUGACGUUUUCGAAUAUUGAUGAAAUGACAAAGAAAUCAGCCAUGAAUCCGCCAGGCACACUGGCCUACAUCACGGAGGAGGAAGCGCUGCUGGUGCGCGUCAACAAGGGUUGGCAAUAUAUUGCGCUUGGCACUUUGGUGCCCAUUGCCACACCCGCCCCACCGACUACAGUAGCACCGCCAGUGCGCGUCGAUAUACAAUCAUCGAAUCUGCUCAAUAAUCUGCCGCCGCUAUUAAAUACGCCAACGUUUACAACGGCGCCAGAGUAUGAAACGUGGUAUCCACGCAUGCUUCGCGUAGCGGCACUCAACGAGCCUUACGUCGGCGAUCUGCAGGGCAUACGGGGCGCUGACUUCGCCUGCUAUCGGCAGGGGCGCCGCGCCGGCUUAUUGGGCACCUUCAAAGCCUUCCUGUCAUCCAGAGUGCAAAAUCUUGACUCGAUUGUACGUGUCGCAGACCGCGAUCUUCCGGUAGUGAAUACCAGAGGGGACGUCCUCUUCAACUCGUGGAAGGGCAUCUUCAACGGCCAAGGUGGCUUCUUCUCGCAAGCGCCGCGCAUAUACAGUUUUAGCGGCAAAAAUGUUCUAACGGAGCCGUUGUGGCCACAAAAGCACGUUUGGCACGGUUCACUACCCAACGGUGAGCGUUCGAUUGACACAUAUUGCGACGCUUGGCACUCGAGUUCCAUAGAUAAAUUCGGUUAUGCAAGCAAUUUGCUGGGGAACAAACUGCUCGACCAGGAGCGACAAACUUGCGAUAGCAAAUUAAUUGUGCUCUGCGUGGAGGCGUUGUCGCAGGACAGAAGGCGAAAGCGCGAUCUCAGCGACAGCGAACCCGAGUUCCACACGGCGGAGGCAUACGCGCGUCACCUGCAAGAGGUGCUAACUUGAAAAAUUGACUCACGCACACAUGCGCCGAGGCAGCGCGUUCGAAAGGCGCAUCGGCUGCGGCGCCAACAUUUACAACAUUUACACCAUCAUCACCAACGCAACCAGUGAAAUUGUGAAAGCAAAUCGCGCAACUAAAUUUGAAUUUUUAAAAUUGUAAAGAUCAAAAGCCAAAUCACUAACUUCUUACAAACGAGUGAAUGAUUUAUUUUUAUUACAACAACACUACGAAGAAGCAUUUCAACUAAUUAUUAAGUAAAUUACGAAUUUUCCUUCGGUUAACGACAAAUUGUGCAAGUUUUUAUUGUAUUUACAGUUGAUUGGUACUACUAGCCACUAAUUGCACACAUACAUACAAACAUAUAUAAAUAAAAGCACAUCCAUGUGUGCGAGAUUACUUCAUUGCAUGUACUAUAGACGCAUACAAACGUAUUCAUGUAGUUACAUACAUACAUACAUACAUAUAGUUAAACCUUCAUACUGCUAGUUAUGAUAUUUAUUUGAUUUUCUGUGUAACUACUUUAGCCAUGUAAGUGUAAACGAAAACUGAAACUGAAACUGAAAUUGUAAUUGUAUUUUUCGAAUCAUAGAUUUUUAAUGUCUCUUAAUGCAUACACACACACACGCAUGCGUAGACUUGUGCUAUGUGUGAAACUGUAAAUAUUUCAAUAGUUUUUAUUGUUUUGUAUUUAUAAAAUUCAGAAUUAUUAUAUAGCAGUUUAAGGAAAAUAUAGUCAUACAUAUUAUAUAAUAAUUAUGUAAUGCAUUGUAAACGAGCAGAGACGAGAAUAUAGCAGACUAGCGAGGAACAAUAGAAAAAUAAAGAAAUUACACGAAAUCACACAGAAGGCUGCAAAAGAAAUAAGGGAAAUUUAUUGCAAAACGUUUGAAAUCGGCUGUAGAGUUAUUUAUGUACAAAUUAUUAUUAUUUUCUUGAUUGAAAAGUUUUAUUGGAAAUAUCCGUAUAUAAAAAUAUUUUUUUUUGUUUUUGUUUUAAUGCUAUACAUAAAUAUUAAUAACUAUACAUUACUACGGGCGUUAAAUAAUAUGGUUUUAAAUAAAUACAGUUCUUUUUUACUUUUUUAUGAUCACGUUCUUUCUCUAUAAAAAAAAAUUAAAAUAAAACCAAUUAAAUUUUUUGGUGACAAAUU